AUGCGCUUCUUCAAAUCCUUUCGUUUAAUUCAUCGUCGCACCAAGUCUGAGGGUGACGUCCCUGCACUGUUGCCGCUGUCUUCCUCACCGGCACCUCUAAAGCCCUCACGCUCGACGCAACACGUCUCUGAUGUCAGUGCAGGCCAUACACACGGAGGUAUCAAUAAUAGCUCUCCUUUUCACAUCCCUGGUAGUCCUAUAUCAUCAUUUCAUCCAGAACAACUAUACUCUCCUUUUCAAGUUCCCUGGCCCGACCCAUACCACCUACACGAAGUCAUAGACACAUUCAAGCUGCGCACUUUCGAACUAGAAGCCGAGCUUCGCAUGGUAAAAAAGGCCAAUAUUACAAUGAAAUUCGACCUGGAUGUUCUCGAGGAUGAACUGUCUUCUACCCGCGACUGCCACUACAGAGAGAUGGUCAGGAUUGCACGACUCCAAAGGCAAAAUCUGUUCGAUAUCCAGCAAAUUACCAAACUUGAGUCGCGAUUUAAUCAGCUUACAGGACUUCUACAUGCGAUUGGCUUGUCACCAAGCGAUAUAGUCACAGUCUGUGAAGCUCUUGAAUUCUCAAAUGAGAAUGCCGAAGAUUUUUUGGUGAACGCCAUCAAAGCUGCUGUCAAUCAGCCUGGAACUCCUCUGGCGACGAUCAAGCCUAUCAUCGUGGGGCCUCGUACACCCGAACACUACCGUUCAGCUUUGACAAUGACGUUGAGCACUAGGAGGGAGCUCAAGAGCUCAAGAAAAACUACCAAAUUCUGGAAGAAACUAGCGCGAGAGGAUGGCAGAUAUGCUGAUCUAGUCACCCCGUCGUCUUCCGACAUCUCGUCAGUUCACGAGCUCCUGAGUCCUCAGCGCGAAGACGCCCUGAAGGCACUUAUCGCUAGGCGUCAACAAGCUCGCGAGCUCAACCUAUCGAAUGGCGAACUUGGGUCCUCUUCUAGCGCUGCUUCGGACACUCGCCUAAGUGCAAUCACCAUACAACUUUCGACUAAUGCAAGGAGAAGUAUGCCUACCCACGUCUCUACAUCGUCAUCGAACUCGGUAUCAAGUUCUACUUCUACUGCACAUCUCCCCUAUCUUGCCUCCCUCCCUCAAAUCGCAAGCCAGUCCAUCAAGGAAGAACUUGCUUCUCGCACUUCUACCUAUGUCUCCCGUCCCCUUUCAUUCUCUCGUCCUACCAAGCCACCUGUGCUAGGGGAAGUUGACACGAAUGUAACCAAAUUCGUAUCCAACAACGCAUGGGAGGUACUUGACGAGCGGGUUUUGACUGAAAACCAGGAGGCUGCUGGAGCUAUGGUUUCAACAUCAAGCCAGGAUCUUAAUCAGAACAAGCACAACACAUCUCUCAAUCUUGGUCAUCGACGCAAUACGUCAGUCUCAUCGCAACGUUCCAGUAGAUCCAAUAGGAGCUCCUAUCGCCUCUCAACGGCGUCACCGGUUCGCUUCUUGGUAUCCGCGGUAACCGAUGCACUUACAGAAAGCGUCAAUGUCCAACCGGAGCGUACUAUGGACUCAGGACAUUCCCGUCGUUCUAGCGAUAUCAGUGAUAGCAGUCUGCCUUUCGACAAUUCCGUGUUCCACAGCUUGCUUUUCGGGGCCAACUCUAAUUCCUCUAGCAACUCUCCUCUGAUCGCUGGAAACAAUGGAGGUUUUGUUCCUACUAGUGUAGCCCCUGAAUCUCGCUUCAUCGAACACGUGGGUGUGGACAGCACACGUCUCGGACCGGAUCCCUCAAUGUCGACCUCAACUAUCAACUCACCGGGUCUGUCCCCUUGCUUGAGCGGGAUCAACGAAGAAUCCAAAGAGUCACUUUUCAAUGCACAUGAUACGCCGACUACAGGACCUACUACGCCGUCGAAGACACCUCCAGGGUCUACUCCCACCAAAUCGAGUCGUCUACCGGUUUUGAAGCACUUCCGUCGCUUGUCAAUGUCUACUCCGACUCCAGAAGCCCUUUUGAACAAGUUCCGUUCUCGUACGUUUGGGACCCCCUCAAGUGAGAAAGCGCGACCAAGAGCUGCUUCGGACUCGCCGAGAAGCCCAACUGCGGGCUCAACCAAGCCAUCUUCCAUCCCUAUCAUGAAUCGGAGGUUGACUCUAGUAGGAAGGAAACUUUCAAUAUCUUCAAAGCGUGGAACGAACAAGACAACACCCUAG